GAAAACGCUAGCGUUUCGAGGAUAUAGUUCAGUGGUUUCUCGACUCUAGAGUGACGAUAGUGACGAUCGCUAGUGAAUUUGGGUGUUUUCAAUUUAUCCCAGGAAAUAAACAAUAAUAAUAUCCAAACUUACACACAUUAACGCAAAACACGGAGAACAAUGUCAGAGACUGAUCCCAAAUCUGUUCAAGACUUGACCGCCGUGGUUCAGACACUGCUGCAGCAGAUGCAGGACAAGUUCCAGACCAUGUCGGACCAGAUUAUUGGGCGGAUCGAUGAGAUGAGCACUCGCAUCGACGACCUGGAGAAGAACAUCGCUGACCUCAUGACCCAGGCGGGCGUGGAGGAGACUGAGGGAGAGAGCACGGUCAAGGAGGGUCAAGGGGCGUCGUGAAGGCAGCCUUUAAACACCAAUGGUGAAGACAUUCAACAAGAGCUACCGAUUUUUUCCAGAGUGCUAUACAAGUAGUGUUUUUUUUGGGUUUAACGUGUGCGUAAUGUAUUUUUAUAUAUUUACUCUUGUAAUAAUGGCCAGCAAACUGAUGUGUUCACUGUAAAUUGAGUUUUUGUUCAAGUGGGUAGAUAUUCUACAGAAGUUUACAAUCUCGGGAACUAAUUACCACCGCUGGAGUUGGAAGCCAGUGAGACAAACAGCACUAACUACGCCAAGUGGACACCAUUCCAACCUGUUCCAUUUUGUUCUAAUAAAGACAUUUCCUACAAAA